AUGAGCAAUUACAAAGUCGCUGACAUUUCCCUUGCCGCUUUCGGUAGAAAAGACAUUGAGUUGUCUGAGAACGAGAUGCCUGGUUUGAUGUACAUCAGAGAGAAGUACGGUCCUUCUCAGCCUCUUAAGGGUGCCAGAAUCGCUGGAUGUUUACACAUGACUGUCCAGACUGCUGUUCUGAUCGAGACCCUGGUCGCUCUUGGUGCUGAGGUUACCUGGUCUUCUUGUAACAUCUACUCCACCCAGGACCACGCUGCUGCUGCCAUUGCUGCUGCUGGUGUUCCAGUUUUCGCCUGGAAGGGUGAGACCGAGGAGGAGUACUUGUGGUGUAUUGAGCAACAGUUGUUUGCUUUCAAGGACAACAAGAAGCUCAACUUGAUCUUGGACGAUGGUGGAGACUUGACCUCCCUUGUCCACGAGAAGCACCCAGAUAUGUUGAAGGACUGUUUCGGACUUUCUGAGGAGACCACCACUGGUGUCCACCACUUGUACAAGAUGUUGAAGGAGGGCAACCUCAAGGUUCCAGCCAUCAACGUCAACGACUCCGUCACCAAGUCCAAGUUCGACAACUUGUACGGUUGCAGAGAGUCUUUGGUCGAUGGUAUCAAGAGAGCCACCGAUGUCAUGAUCGCUGGUAAAGUUGCCGUUGUUGCUGGUUUCGGUGACGUUGGUAAAGGUUGUGCCAUGGCUCUGAGAGGUAUGGGUGCUAGAGUCAUCGUUACUGAGGUCGACCCUAUCAACGCUUUGCAGGCUGCUGUUUCCGGCUACCAGGUCACCACCAUGGAGGAGGCUGCCCCACAAGGUCAAAUCUUCGUUACCACCACCGGUUGCAGAGACAUCAUCACUGGUGAGCACUUCGCCGUCAUGCCAGAGGACGCCAUUGUGUGUAACAUUGGUCACUUCGACGUUGAGAUCGACGUUGCUUGGCUUAAGGCCAAUGCCGUUGACGCAGUCAACAUCAAGCCACAGGUUGACAGAUACUUGCUCAAGUCCGGUAAGCACGUGAUUUUGCUUGCUGACGGUAGAUUGGUCAACUUGGGAUGUGCCACCGGACACGCUUCGUUUGUCAUGUCCUGUUCUUUCUCCAACCAGGUUCUUGCUCAAAUUGCUCUGUUCAAGGCUGACGAUGCUGACUUCAGAAAGAAGUUUGCAGAGUUCGAGAAGACUGGUCCUUUCGACAUUGGUGUCCACACCUUGCCAAAGAUCUUGGACGAGACCGUUGCUGCCUGCCACUUGAACCACUUGGGCGUCAAACUCACCAAGUUGACCAAGGUCCAGAGCGAGUACUUGGACAUUCCUCUUCAGGGUCCAUACAAGGCUGAUCACUACAGAUAUUAA